AUGACCACUAUUCGUGAUUCUCAUGGUGAUGAAAGGUACUCUGUGCCAGCAGAGGCCCAAAGGGUUUUUCUAGCCGAAAUUCUUCAAAAUCCGCUGAUGAAAGACCUGCCUGCUGAAAUUCACGAUGCCGCAGCUUCCAUCAAAUUUGUUGGGUCGGAUGAUCCUAGCAUUGCGAUCAACUGGAGGUUUGCAGAGAGUAUCGCCAGUUUGAAAGCAUUUGAGGGGGCAAUGCUGAGUGUUCUCUUGCAACGCAAAUAUGGGGUCAAGGCACCGGAGAUUGUUAUUGACACUGAUCACAGUCAGCUCUUUGUUAUGUCCGCGAUGAUCUGGACGAUUGAUCCUGAGGGUGAACCUAUCGAGUGUUCCUUCACGCUCGCCCGCGACGGCGGACCUUUCUUGAAUUACUUCCCUAAUUGGGACAGCAAUAAGGCACAGGCCAACCUCUACCGAUCCCUCUGCACUAAUGUGUAUAAGACGAAGGAUGAACGCUACUUUCACUUGCAUGGAAGUAUGAACCCAGAGCCAACCCUCGCAAGCGUGGGUCUUCCACCCUGGAUGCCAGAGCUUGACAAUAGUCCUCGUGAGGAUGUUGUGAAAUUCUAUCAGAAUCGGGUGAAAGAAUUCGAUUCCACCGAUCUCGAGCAUCUCGCCUCAGAAGUUCAUCGCCAAGCUGGAACCAUCUGCUGGACACCCGAGGAGUACUUUGCCAGCGAACAUGGACAAGCAAAUGGGAAAGUCGGACUGUACGAGAUUCACCAACACGCAAAUCCGAAGCAAGAACCUUGCUGGUGGCCAUCAUCCCCAGAAACAAGUGCUACCAGACCAUUGGCGGGACUCAAAGUCGUCGACUUAACUCGGGUCAUCGCCGGCCCGGCCAUAAGUCGUGGUCUCGCAGAGAUGGGUGCAAGCGUUAUGAGAGUUGCUGCUCCCCACUUAUGCGACUUUUCCUUCGUGCACUGCGAUCUGAAUUGGGGGAAGUGGAACACUUUACUGGACCUGCGAUUGACACGGGACCAAGACAGUCUAAGAGCUUUGAUCGAGGAUGCCGAUGUUGUGGUAACAGGCUAUCGCCCGGGCGUACUCGAUAAGUAUGGAUUUUCGGAAAAGGACAUCCUGAAGAUCGCUAGCGACCGCGGCCGUGGCAUCAUCUAUGCUCGCGAGAACAGCUAUGGCUGGUAUGGCCCAUGGGCAAAACGCAGUGGCUGGCAGCAGAUCAGUGAUGCGAAUUGUGGUGUCGCGAUGGAGUACGGUCGCGGAAUGGGUCUUGAUGAGCCCGUCAUACCGGUUUUCCCCAACUCGGAUUACUGCACAGGCGUCUGUGGCACUGCGGGUGUCCUGGAUGCUCUUAUGCGACGCGCCACUGACGGCGGGUCUUAUACCGUUGAUACCGCCCUCAAUUAUUACUCUCAAUGGCUAGUCCGUUCUGUCGGGACCUAUUCUGAGAAUGUCUGGCAAAAGCUUUGGUCGGAUAAUGGCCGCCCUGUUUUCCGUCACUAUCACACUAUGUUUGAUACGAUCCCGGUACACGUGAAAUUGUUGAAGAAAAAUAGCGGCGACCGUGUCUUUCACCCACGUAACUUCCAGGACCUCUAUAGUCCUCAAUUGGGCGUUCCAGUCAGGGUUCCCAAACCUGUGCUCCAAUUCCCUGAUGGCCCGGUUCAGCUCAAAUACAAUGUGGGGACCCGGACUAAUGGCGUUGAUCAACCCAAGUGGCCAGUGGAUCUCACGGUGGAGGUCGUGGUCUAA